AUGGCAGUGAGUGAAUCACCCCCCCUCUCCUUCCCCAAUUUCCUUCCAUCUUCCCUCUCCCUCCACUUUCACAUCGCCCCUUCUCAUCAUCCCCAUCCCGUCAUCCCCAUUCCCCUCAUCCCCAUUCCCCUCAUCCCCAUCCCCUCAUCCCCAUUCCCCUCAUCCCCAUUCCCCUCAUCCCCAUUCCCCUCAUCCCCAUUCCCCUCAUCCCCAUUCCCCGAAUCCCCAUUCCCCGAAUCCCCACUCCCAGAAUCCCCACUCCCCGAAUCCCCGUUCCCCGAAUCCCCAUUCCCCGAAUCCCCAUUCCCCGAAUCCCCACUCCCCGAAUCCCCACUCCCCGAAUCCCCGUUCCCCGAAUCCCCGUUCCCCGAACCCCCGCUCCGCGAAUCCCCGUUCCCCGAAUCCCCGUUCCCCGAAUCGAAUCCCCGCCCGAAUCGAAUCCCCGUUCUCCGAAUCGAAUCCCCGUUCCCCGAAUCCCCGUUCCCCGAAUCCCCGUUCCCUGAAUCCCCGUUCCCCAAAUCCCCGUUCCCCGAAUCCCCGUUCCCCGAAUCGCCGUUCCCCGAAUCGACUCGCUGUUCCCCGAAUAGAUUCCCCAUGAUCCAGCCUUACAACGAGCGCAAGGAAGCUGCUGAGAAGUUUCUGAAGGAGGAGCUACAGCGGCAGGGCAAGGCGCCAGGCUUGAUUCGGCUGGAGUUUGCGCCGAUCCAGGAUCCCGUACCUGAGCGGGGAGGUUCGGAUCCGAGCCUGGACUGCAUUGUGGUUAGCGGAGAGACAGUGGGGGGAGCUGCGGCUAUCAACAGGACGAGAGCAGCCAAUCAGAUUGCUCCGUUGCAUGUAGUCGUGGCGUCAACAGUGCCUGCACCGUCAGCCGCAGCUCUACCAGUCCCUCCCACCACCACCGCCUCCGCCGCCCUGGCUGCUGACGUCAGCAAGCUAAGCUCCUCCCUUCUCAGGGAGCAAUGUCUCGGAACCUUCCUGCCGCUUCCAAGGCAAGUCCGCCACUCGUUCUACCCACCGCUCUCACGUUCGGAUUCUUUCUCCUCUGUGCCUCUCAAUUCGCCUGAAUUCCCUCUCAGUUGCUUUCGCUUGCUUCUUUGCAUGCCUGCCCCCGUGAUAAAAUAA